UUGAGCUUUUGCACUUGACCCAGCAUUUGGUGUCUCCCAGCGCAUCCUCAGCACAAUGUACAUUAACACGGCAGAGCUGUUCUCCUUUAAUACCCGAGUCUCUAACGAGCUGCUUCACCUCUCUGGCCUCCAAGCUGGGGCCAAAGGCAGAAAUCGAGCUGCCUUGCAUUUAUCUAAAGAACAGACGCUGCUUUCCAGAGCAGUUCCUUUCUGCAUCGCGUUCCGAUGUUCCCACAGGAUUUCUCUCCUGGGGAUUUAUUUCCCUGAUUCAUUUUAUUUCUGUGCAAAUUCAUCCUACAGAAGCGAUGGAUGGAGACAACCUGACGGUUUUGUCCGGCUUCAUCCUCUUGGGUUUCUCUGAUGCCCCAGAACUACAAACCACCAUCUUCACCAUUUCCUUAUCCCUCUAUGUUUUAAUGGCGCUGGGGAACCUGGUGAUGAUCCUGCUCAUCAACACCGACCCCCAGCUCCACACCCCCAUGUAUUUCUUCCUGAUCCACUUGUCUUUCAUAGAUUUCUGCCUCUCCUCCACUGUCAUCCCAAAGGCGCUGGAGACGUUCCUGCUGGGGAGGAGCCACAUCUCUCUUUUGGGUUGCUUUGCACAGAUCUACUUCUUUGUUGCUCUGGUCAUCUGUGAGUGCUCCCUGCUGGGGGUGAUGGCUUUCGACCGAUAUGUGGCUGUUUGCAAGCCGCUGCUUUACACCACCAUCAUGUCCAGGGCACGUUGCUACAGCUUGAUGGUGCUGGUGUACACCACGGGCUUCCUCUCCUCCCUGGUGCACAUCGUCCUGGUGGGGCGGUUGUCCUUUUGCCAGGAGAGGAACAUCAACCACUUCUUCUGCGAGCUGCCCACCGUCCUGCAGCUCUCCUGCUCCAAUGCCCACACAAACGAGAUCUUGCAGGUUUCUGAUGCCGUUCUCACCGACGUGGGUUCUAUCCUGAUGAUCCUGGUUUCUUACACCUACAUUAUCUGCACCAUCCUGCAGAUGCCUUCAGGCAGGAGCAGGCUGAAAGGUUUCUCCACCUGUACCUCCCACCUGGUUGCCAUCACCAUCUUCUACGCACCGAUUAUGCUCACCUACUUCCAGCCUCGCAAAGCGUGCUCGCGGGACCAGGCAAAAGUGGUUUCAGCCUGUUACGCCCUGCUGACCCCCACCCUCAACCCCCUCAUCUACAGCCUGAGGAACACAGAGGUGAAGGGGGCCCUGAGGAGGCUGUGGGUGCGAAAGCUGGUGCCGCGACUCUCCAGGCUGCGAAAAUGCAGCUGAAGCUCUUUGGUGCUUUGGUGGUAAUGAAGGAAUAGGAGUUAUUGGGAUGCUUAAAGAGGAAGGGAUCAUGUAACAAGCAGCACGAGAACCAGCACAAUGAACUGUUAUGGAUGGUGGAAUGUGUCCAUCCAGGUGAAAAUCUGGCUGUGACCUCGGAUGCCAUUUCUGACCAAUGUCUAGGAGAACCAUCGGAAAGCAGAGAGCCAUGGUGUUGGCUCCAGGGACCCGGAACCGUGCUUUUAUGUUUGAUGAACUGCACAAUUUCUGGUAGAACCUGUAGUUUGUAUGAAAAACAAGUGAAUAAACUUUAUGUUUUAAAAUAAACCUCUUUCUCAAUUGUGUUUUCCUAAAAGAACUGGAAUGGAAAAUGAACAAUGAAUGAAUGAAAAGAACAAUGAAUGUAAUGGAAACUCC